CCAGAAAACCUUUUACCAAGGUUAAAACAUAUUAGUUUCCUGUGCAGUGAUUUCUUCCGGGAAGCUUUGCUUUAAGAACAGGUGCUGUGUAGGAAGGCAAAGAGCCACGUAAUUACUGUGUCCCCAAGGAGAGUAAAUAUAGCUGCAUAUGGAGCUCACAGCGAGAGUAUGCGAGUGUCUAUGAAGACACAGGACAGUCCGUCACACUGACUGGGGCUGUACUCUUUUAUAUCUGUCCUCUAUACUUUUUUAAUUUAUAUUUCAAUAUUUAUCUUACAUUACAAAUCCAGCCCAACUACCCUGUUGUGUUUUCUAAAAUCCCUUGAGAUAAAUAACUCGAGAAAGAACAGUUUUGAAGAGCCUUUUAACCGGACGAAGAAGAAACGCAGCUUUCUGUGAGGGUACAAUAAAUAGACUUUCAGGAAACCGUCUUAAGCUGUAAGGUCACCAUCUCAUAAUGGUUAAUCCAAUAACAUGCUUCUAACCACGCUGGACUUCUCCAAGAUCCAGUCCUCAAACAACCAGUCGCAAUGGUUCGCAAUGUGGACGACCUUGAUUUCUGCCUUCCCACCCACUCGCAGAGUAUUCUCGACGGACUAAAAUCCUUGAGGUUGAACCCCAAGCUAUCCGAUGUUAUUCUCCUGGUUGGCGGCCGUGAGAUUCCCUGCCAUCGGAGCGUCCUGGCGCUCUGUAGCCUCUACUUCAAUGCCAUGUUCACUGGGGACUUUGUGGAGAGUAUUUCUGCCCGGGUGGAGAUCAAGGAGGUAGAGCCUGUGAUAAUGGAAACACUGAUUGACUUCGCCUACACUGGAAAACUUACUAUAAACCAAAAGAAUGUGGAGGCUCUCAUACAGUCAUCCAAACUGCUGCAGUUCACUACAGUUCAAAAGGUGUGCACCCGCUACCUUCAGCAACAGAUUGACCACACAAACUGCUUGGGCAUUUAUGAGUUUGGAGAGGUUUACGGCUGCCCAGAGGUCAAAGUUAAAGCUCGCUCGUUCCUCCUUGAGAAUUUUGAGGCUGUGUCCCAGAGCGAGGAGUUCCUACAGCUGGAGAGUGACAGGCUACUCGGGUGCCUUGGCUCAGAGCUGCUACAGGUACAAGAGGAGCAAAGCCUGGUCGAGGCCAUUCUGCGAUGGGUGAAAUACAAUGAAGCAGAGAGGAGUCGCUUCCUGCCAGAGCUCUUUCAGCUGGUUCAUCUCCCCCUGUUAACUGUGGAGUAUAUGAGAGAUCAUCUAUUACAUGAGAAGGUGAUCCAAGAAUGUGAACUCUGCAGAUCAACAAUCGAGAAUUAUCAGGAAAAGACAAAAGCAGGAACUGCUGUACAAAGGCAUCUCCCCUGCCUCAAGAAGCUUCAGGAGGUCCUGGUGGUAAUUGGAGGACGAGCGAUGGAGGAGUCAGAUGAUGAAGAAGAUGAGGAGACUCCGAUGUUGUCGAGAAAUGCAGGGUUUUAUAAUAACAUGAUCAGACGCUGGUUACUGCUCCCAGAUUUUCCUGAUUACAACAAAUGGGGAUUUUCCGUUGUAGCCUUAAACAAUGAUGUCUACGUAACUGGGGGUUCCAGAGGAAGUACUCAUGACACCUGGUCCACAACACAAGUGUGGAAAUUUGAUUCCAAAGAAGGGGUGUGGGUUCCGAUUGCACCUAUGUUAAAACCCAGGACCAACCACGCUACAGCAGUGUUGAAUGGAGAAAUCUAUGCUGUUGGAGGGACGCCAUUGGAUGUUGUGGAAGUGGAACAUUACGAUCCAUACAAUAACAACUGGUCUCUGAUCAGUCCGACCCUGAAGUAUGUCAGUAACUUUACUGUCACUGGGUGCACAGGAAAGCUCUAUGUGAUUGGCUCUUGUGCAGCAAAAUACAACGCUCUCACUCUGCAAUGCUACAAUCCCGUUAUAGAUAGCUGGAGUGUUAUUGCGUCGCCCUUCAUUCCGAAGUACUUAUCAGCACCUCGGUGUGUCUCUGUGGAUGGAGUCAUUUAUUUGAUUGGAGACAACACAAAGAAGGUGUACGUGUAUAACCCAGAAGCUAACAUGUGGCAGAAGGUUCAGAUGCUGCACAAGCUACAUGAGAAUGGAGGUAUGGUGGUGAUUGCCAGGAAGAUUUAUGUUACUGGUGGCCACUGGAAAGGAAUGGAAGGGGACUACAGUGUAGAGAUGGAGAUGUAUGAUUGCACUAAGGAUGUGUGGUGCAUUGAAGGCUUCUUGCCUUGCCUUUGGUUCUAUCAUGACUCCUGUUCCAUUUUCAUCGAUCCAUCCAGAUGGACUGAACCAUUUCCUCAGAGCAACGCCUAAAACAAUCACAAACUCUUUUGUGGUCAUCUGCGCUGGAUCGAGGGCUGUCAUCUCCCCCAAACCAACAUUAUUACCAAAAUAUUACAACAGUUUGCGGAAGACAUUGCAGUAAAUUGUACGCUUUCAGAGGUGACAAAACUGCAGGUGUGAAUGCUUUCCAUGUAAAGCUUCCUCUUUA